AGAAAGCUGGGACUGCGAUUCUGCCAGCAGCUGGCUCCGGGGUCGCACCCGCUGCAUUGAGAAUGGACAGCAGGGCGCGGAGCUCUUCCCGAGAGGCCCACGGGAGAAGUGGCAGGUCCUCGUCUAGGGAUGACAAGAAGGCAAAAGCUGGGAGGGGCAGCAGAGGCCGCGCGCGCCCGGAUGCUGGGGCAGAGCGGCAGAGCGCCGGGCGGACGGAGACCCGAGGGGAGACCCGAGCUCCGGCCGCCACCGCCACUGUAGUGGACGUGGACGAGGUUCGGGGCCCUGGUGAGGAGGGCACGGAAGUGGUGGCGCUGCUGGAGAGCGAGCGACCAGAGGAAGGCAUCAAGCCCUCUGGAUUAGGGGCCUGCGAGUGGCUUCUUGUCCUCGCCUCCCUGAUCUUCAUCAUCAUGACGUUCCCCUUUUCCAUCUGGUUCUGCAUAAAGGUUGUGCAAGAGUAUGAAAGAGUAAUUAUAUUCCGACUGGGACAUCUGCUUCCUGGAAGAGCCAAAGGUCCUGGCCUGUUCUUUUUUAUACCCUGCCUGGACACCUAUCAUAAGGUUGACCUACGUCUCCAGACCUUGGAAAUACCUUUCCACGAGGUGGUAACCAAAGAUAUGUUUAUAAUGGAGAUAGACGCUGUCUGCUACUACCGCAUGGAAAAUGCCUCCCUUCUUCUAAGCAGUCUAGCCCAUGUGUCCAAAGCCAUCCAGUUCCUGGUGCAAACCACCAUGAAACGCCUCUUGGCACAUCGAUCCCUCACUGAAAUUCUCCUGGAAAGGAAGAGCAUUGCCCAAGAUGUAAAGGUUGCCUUGGAUGCAGUGACCUGUAUUUGGGGCAUCAAAGUGGAGAGAACUGAAAUUAAGGAUGUGAGGUUGCCAGCUGGGCUUCAGCACUCUCUGGCUGUGGAAGCUGAGGCACAAAGACAAGCCAAAGUGCGGGUGAUUGCCGCGGAGGGGGAAAAGGCUGCCUCAGAGUCCCUGAGGAUGGCAGCUGAGAUUCUGUCGGGCACCCCAGCCGCCGUCCAGCUCCGAUACUUGCACACUCUUCAGUCAUUGUCCACAGAGAAGCCAUCCACUGUGGUUUUGCCUUUGCCAUUUGACAUGCUAAGCCUUUUGUCCUCCCCUAGCAACAGAGCACAAGGGAGCAUCAACUACCCAAGUUCCUCCAAACCUGUUGAACCACUAAAUCCCAAAAAGAAGGACUCUCCUAUGUUAUAGGCGAAUGGGCAAAGGCAGUGUGAAUCUGCCAUAUAAAGCCACAUCCCUGAGAGAGGCAUUUGGUGUCCCCUACCCCCACCCCACACUUGUUUGGUUGCCAAAUAGAAUGCCUUUUGGAUGUAUAAUGUCACAAGAUGACUACAUGCAUGAGAACACAGUGAAAUGACAGUGGCAGAGAAGAUAGCCAACCAUACAACUAGGUCGUCUCAUCAUAUUAAUUACAGGAAAGAGAUUUAGAAUUUUGAAUUGACAUGUAGUCUGAUUAUGAUUUCUGAAGACUUAGUUCAAAUACCUUCCACUGCAUGUUUCCUGGCUCUUUCAGCAAGGCCUUUGCGGAUUCUACAGCCUUUUCUGCGAGUGCUCCAUUAUUGCACAGGAGUGGAAAGCCAGGGCUCUGACACAGGCAUCUCCCCUUUCUGUAUUCGUCCAAACUCCCACUGAAGCAUUCCACUUAGCUCUGUUGCUGGCUGUUAACUUUUCCAGCCUAAAAUUCCAAACUCUCAGAAAGUAGUCCCAAGGCAUAAAAGCCCUGUGGUCAGGCAGGUUGGGGCAACAACCCCACUUCCUCAGUACCAAUUCUGCUCUAGUUUCAUUUUUGUCUUUAUGAUUAAACUAUUCCAGCAACACGAAACUUGAAGGAGAAAGAGUUUAUUUUAGGGCACAAUUCCAGGUGGCAGUCCAUUACUGUAGAGAAGUUAAGGCAGGAACUUGAAGCAACUCUUAGUCAUUCCAUAUGUGGAAAUGCAGGCAAGAACCAGAAGCAACUGGUCACAUCAUAGUCAAGUGCAAAAAUCAAUGAAUACAUGAUUCUUAGUUGAGUUCAGCUCUGUUUACCCACUCAUCCAGUUCAGGGCUCCCCUGCCUAGGGAGUGCUGCCACCUAUCAUGGACUGGAUCUUCCCACAUUAGUUAAUUUAAAAACAGUCUCUCUGCAGACAUGCCCACAGGACAACCUAAUGUAGAUAAUCUCUCAUUAGUCUCUUCUGAGGUUAUUCUAGGUUGUAUCAAGGUGACAAACAAAACUAACCUUCACAUCUACAUAGCAAUACCCUGUCUCAAAGCCAACAACAAAAAUGGAGUCACUUGUGUUAGUGUUCUAAAAAGUAAGUAAAGCCUAGACCAGUACUUCUCAAGCUUCCUGAUGCUGUGACCCUUUAAUACAGCUUCUCAUGUGGUGAUGAUCCCAACCAUAAGGUUAUUUUCAUUGCUACUUCAUAACUGUAAUUUUGCAGAAUUUGUCAUACCAAGUCCUAAUUGCUUGCUGUCAUGUACAAUAUACUACAAUGUAUACAAGUAUGUGCUAGAGAACUCUCUUACUGGUGAGAAGUUAUGCUGAUAAUCAACCAGGGAUAUGUGUCUGAAUCAUAUUCUUUAUGGGACACAGAUUUUGUGGAUAGAAGAGUUACUACCGACAGUAGGGGAUGAUAGUGCACAGAAAGGACAGAUAUGGGCACUGUCAUACUCUGUAAUACAAAGACACAUUUGUACUCAAUCUUGUUGAAGGGACUCUUCACUGAUAGCUUAGCGCACUGCUAAUGGUUUGUUCCAAGUUAACCACCUUCCAUAGCUUAGGUGCUCCUGGAUGAUACACUGUUGAUGCCAACAGAAACUAACUUGACCUAGAGUUUCCAUAAGUAUUUGGGCCCAAACAUCUACACAAAGAGGGGAAAAUACAAAGAAUGAUAGGAAGACAGACACCAUCACAUGUCUUAAAAAUGUGGCUGAUCUCUUGACCAGAGGGGCAAGACUGAGUCUGGCAUGACUGGCUGGCUGCCUCUGGCCCUAACAUCUCCACCUCUCCUGAUAUCAUCUGUUGGAGAGUGUGAUGAUGAUGGUCUACGAUGCUAAUCUGCUGUAUCUCUGGUUGCUUGCUCACUGAAUAAAAUAUAGUUUUAUGAUUCA